AUGGCUUCGCCCAUCUCGCCUGCCCAGGCGUACCACAACCGCUUCAACAUCGCCGGCGCAGCCGGUGCCGCCAACUCGAGCGCAGCCCACGACAGCGCCGCAGCGGCGGCGGCGGCAGCGGCACCCUCGCUGCCCAGGGCCAGCUCCGACAACUACUCCUACCCGGACCUCGACGCCGGCCAGUACCACUCGUCGAGCGCCGCGGACACCUCUGCCACGCUCGCAUCGGCCCCGCUCAACGCCGGCCCGCUGCCCAGCUUCCCCGAGUUCAGCUCGUUUGACGUCGAGUCCGACUUUUCGGCCUCGCGCGACAAGGACGACUUCUUUGACCGCUUCGCCGCCAGGAACCACCCACCCACCGCAGCGCCCGCCUUAAGCUCGCAGCCCGCGUCAACGUCGCAGCAGCAGCAGCAGCAGCAGCCCGAUCGUGUGACGGGCGGCGAUGGCGAGGGCGCCAAUAAUGACGGCAGCCGGCGGCAGGGAGAUCCGAGCGGCAACGCGGUGGGCACGGAGGCAGAGGCAGGGGCUGGGCCAGAGGCAGACCCGCACCAGAGCCCGCUGGCCCAGCUGGCCAGCCAGGCCCACCUGGAGCGCGGCUUUUCCUCGGCCAGCAUGUACCAGUCGCCUCCCGCCUCGUCGAGCACGGGCGCCGCGCUGCCCCCGCUGCCCACAAAGUCCGACCAGCGAAGCGCGGCCAGCGGUCCAGGUCGGUCCUCGAUCGCUGUCGAUCGUCCGUCCGUCGACGUCCAGAGCGUCCACUCCUCUCACCAGCAGCACUCGGCCUCGAACCACUCGGCGACCUCCCCGAUCUCUGCUAGCGCCUCCAAUCAGCAGCAGCAGCAGCAGCAGCAGCACCACCACCACCAGCACCCCGCCAGCCCGCAGAAGGGUGCCCUCACCUCCAACUUCACCUUUCCCUCGGCGCCCGCUCAAGGCGGCAGUGCCGACUCUGCCGGCCACUCGUCCGUCGACUCGCUUCCGUUCAACGACCUCGCUCUCGGUCAUCGACAGCAGCAGUACAACCAGCAGCAGCAGCAGCGGCAGCAGCAGCAGCAGACACCACAGCAGCAGCAGCAGCUGCAUCAGCACCAGGCACAGCCGCAGCACUUUGUCGAGCGCGAGAGGCCGAGCAGCUUCUUUGGCAUGGAAAGGCCGCUGGCCGCCGUCAACGCGUCUGGCCAGCACGUACCCGUCCCUCGGGGCAUGAUCCCCGGCGACGACGACAACGACGAGCAGCAGAGGCUGCAGCAGAGCCACUCGGGCGCGGUCGCCGCCGCGGCCACCUCGCCCAUCUCGAUGCCGAUUCCGCCCCAGAUGCGGCAGCCUGCACCGGGCGCGGCGGCCAACGGACCUCGCCCCUCUUCGUUCUUUGGCGUCGAGGGUGCUCCGCCUGGCACCGCCACUCCGCCCGCCCUGCCCGAUGACGACCAGGCUGCUCGCGGUCAGCACCCGAGCAGUCACCGCAGCGAGGGCUCCUAUCGCGGCAUCUCGACGGCGGCCGGCGGCACCGGCAACGGCCCCAUGCCCAGCAGCGCCAGCGGCAACGGCUACGGCGGCCUCGGCGCGUCGGGCGCCACCCGGCCGGCGAGCAUCGCGCCCACCAUCAACAGCGGGCCGCUGCUCGACCACAGCCACCUCAAGCCGGGCCAGAAGGCGUCGCUGCUGAGCCACGGCAAGACGCUCGAGCUGUACCGCCAAAACGCCAAGAAGACCAACGACCCCAACCUCAUCUAUGAGCUGGCAGUCUUUAUGAUCGACGCCUCCAAGACGAUGGGCGACGAUGCGCCCGGAUCGCCGCCCACAAACGGCGGCGGCGACGACGGCCCCAACUCGGCGGCCAAAAAGGACGAGCUGGUCAAGGAGGCCACCGGCCUGCUCAAGAAGAUCGCCGACCGAGGCCACCCGGACGCCCAGUACUUCCUGGCCGACUGCUACGCCAACGGCAUCGGCACGGCCAAGGGCAAGCAGGACUUUGGGCAGGCCUACACCUACUUUGUGCUGGCCGCCAAGCACGGCCACCCGGACGCCGCCUACCGCGCCGGCACCUGCUACGAAAAGGGCUGGGGCUGCCGCAAGGACAAUGCCAAGGCGCUCCAGUUUUAUCGCAAGGCGUCGUCGCAGAACCACCCGGGCGCCAUGUACCGCCUCGCCACGGCCGAGCUCAACGGCGAGCUGGGCCUCAAGAAGAGCGCCAAGGAGGGCGUCAAGUGGCUCAAGCGCAGCGCCGAGGCGGCCACGCCCGAGUUCCCGCACGCGCUCCACGAGCUGGCGCUGCUCCACGAGCGCGGCAUCGACAACGUGCUCUUUGUGGAUCCAGAGUACAGCUGCGAGCUGCUGGCCCAGGCGGGCGAGAUGGGCUACGCGCCCAGCGCCUACAAGCUCGGCGUCAACUACGAGUACGGUCGGAUGGGGUGCCCGCAGGACGGCGGCCUCAGCAUCCACAUGUACAACAUCGCCGCCCAGCAGAACCACAAGGAGGCGUGCUUCGCCCUCACGGCGUGGUACCUCGUCGGCGCGCCCGGCAUCCUGCCCCAGUCGGACACCGAGGCGUACCUCUGGGCCAAAAAGGCGGCCGAGCAGGGCCUCGCCAAGGCCGAGUACGCCGUCGGAUACUUUACCGAGAUGGGCAUCGGAACGGUCAAGGACGUCGCCGAGGCCAAGGCGUGGUACCGGUCCGCCGCCGAGCACGGCGACAAGCGCGCCAACCAGCGACUUGCGGCGCUCGGCGGACGGCCCGAGAAGUCGCUCGCAGGUGUCGGUGCCGGCGGUGGUGGCGGCGGCGGCGGCAACGGCGGCGCCAACAAUGGCAGGGGCGCGGCGGGGGCCAUGUCGACCGACUACGGCAAGCGCGGACAGCCCACCUCUGCGCCGUUCCCGGGCAGCGUCGACCGCAGCUCGAUGGCGCCCAGCACGCAGAUGAGCUACCCGAGCCCGAUUGCCAUGCGCGAUGCGCAGACGGCGCAGCGCGAGCAGCAAUACCUGGCCAACGUGGCGGCCACGGAGCGCGCCCAGGCGCAGGCGCAGGCGCAGGCGAGGAACGCCACGUCGCCGAUGCGCUCCGGACCGCCCUCGGCCGUGGCGUCGCCGGUGGCCGAACCCGGCCGCCCCUUUUCGCAGGGGCAGGCGUACCCAUCCUACCCGGCAACGGCGAGCGCCUCGAUGCCUCUGCCGCCGCCGCAGCUCAGCACCACCGACGGCGGCGGCGGCGGCGACCCCAACCGCCUGCUGUCGCCGCAGGGCGCCGGCGCCGGACCCAUGUCGCCCCUGUCGCCCACGUCGCCAAACGACGGCGAGGACGGCAAGAAGAAGAAAAAGUGGUUUGGCCGGUCCUAG